AUGGCUGCCGCGACCUUUACGGAGAGCCCCAGAACGCCAAUCCCGAACGGACCAUUAUUCAACACCUUCGAGGCAUCGAGCCUGAUACGCGCAAGCCGAGUCCACGGGAAGGGAACUCUUCGCGCACCGCGUCCAGACGGGGACGCUAAAUUGGCUCCUGCGUGCUCCCCACCACUAUGGGAGGCUGAGGCACUUGAAGGUCAGGAAACUGCGCUAACGCGUUCCGAUCCCAUAGUCUCAGCCUGCACCUUUGGCGUUUUCCCUGGGGGCCCAGGCGAAGAUACCUCAGAGCCGUCGUCGUUUCGUCGUUCGAUGAAGGAUGAUUCGGGGAUGGAAGAGUCAGCGAGUUUGAGCCAUCGCCCUUUGGGUGAUGGCUCCGCCCGUACCCAGUCAUGCUUAGGUAGUCGUUCGUUGGAGGAUGGCCCGCCGGAUCGUCGUCCCUCGAAGGAUUGCUCAAGCGGGAUUGCUGAGGCGUCGGGAACGGCCAAUAGUGCAACCUCCUAUGAUAGGGGAGCCCGAGAGGAACCUAAUCUGGACGAAGCGAGCGCACCUGACGGUCCCGAAGGCCGUCGGGAACCACAGAUUCUACAAAUGGAACAAUUCUUUUACAACAAAUUCCGUAGCACUCCUUCUCCCAUUAGAGUCUUCUGGGCUCUGGUGGAGUUUUUAACGAGGCUACGUUUCCCAUGCUUGAAACUUCCUUUAGUUGAAUUGUGA